UACAUGCAGUAGAAACUUUUGACAAGGGAUGCAGAUCGGAAUCACACAUGGCCAUGUCCCCUGAAAAGAAUAUCAAAACAAACCGUGUUGCUCCACUUAUUGUCAACCCAGUCUCACCUCCGAAGAAUAUCAGCACCACACCAUCAACAGAUACAAGCCUAUCAAAUCAAGCAGCCACCAAUCAAAAUACUGGUAACAUGAUGCAUCAACAGCAGCUCCUCCAAUCAAUGAUGGCGACACAAGCCAGCAUGCAGGCCCUGGACCCCACCAUGAUGAGUAUGAUGUUCCCCAUGAUGUCAAAUAACUUGAUGCAGAUGCCAUCCCUGGGACGAGGACAGAACACAUCCCUCCUUCCAGGUCUACAGAACUUGAUGAAUGGUGGCCUGCCAAAUGUAGGCGUCAUGAAUGCAGGAAGACAAAAUGUGAAUUCUUGCCUCUCCAGCAUGAACGUUGGGUCUCAGAACCCUGGCGUGUCAGCCAUGGGAAUGCCUGGCCUCCAGAAUCUAAUGUCCAUGCCCAACAUUCAAGCUCUCAUGACAGCAGGACAACAGGUGCCAGGGGACCCACGACUCUCUGUUCCUCAAGCCACCAUGGGGGAUCUUCAGGGAAUGCCAAACAUGUCUAACAUGAGCAAUCUGCAGAAUCUGCUUGGGGUGUCCAGUGUACCUUCUGGGCAGACGAGUAAUCCUCAGAACAUGACUCUCCUUCCAGAGCUUCUACCUCUCCUGGACAAUCUUAACAUAAGGGGUAACAGUGGCACUGGAAACCAGUGACAAACUGACUUAGGUUUCCUGAGAGACUUCUCUUACCAUAGGCAGAAGCUCUAAGCCAUUGACAAGAGAGAGCAGCCACAGAGUCAGGUCCUACAGCUGGAGUGUCCUAACAGACUCUUCUAUCUUUUUUAGACAAUUUUACCAUUGAUGACAACACUAGAACCAGAGACAAGACAGUAGUGCUUAAGUGCUGGAAUGUCCAUCAUGGCUUCCUGACAGACUCUUCUAUCUCUUUUGGACAAUUUUAA